AUGCUGGGGAGACAGGUGAGGCAGGUGAAGAGACGAAAGGGAGAGAAAGGAAAGAGAAUUAUCGGGCGAAUCAGCCCAAGUUGGCGAGACAGAGACGCAUAUGAACGUCGGAGGCCAUCUGCUCGCGGCGCUGAUCGCAGUGGUCGAGAGGAGGCUAGAAUCUGUCUAGAUCUCUUUGGGAAGCCGAUUCCUUCUGAUCUAUUGCCUCCGGGGAUAUUCUUGGAACAUUCAUCGCGCGAGGACGGCAUCCCGCCCGGAAAAAGGGUUAUCGCAUAUGUUUCUCCUGGGCUCACGUCAAUUCCAAAACACGCGGGAAGACGGAUACGUCACUCUAACAUAUCCCCGGGAUCAUUUGGGGAACAACGUCAAUUGGCUGACUUGAAUGAACCCUCAUCAAAAUCGUCAGGAUCGUCCCCGCUCGUGAAAGGCACCCUGUCUGAGCUUUCCCAUUCAUCAACUGGGGCGUGGUACCCUGCUGCGUAUAGCUUCACUCCUUCUAUUGCCAGAGCGGAAGGAAUGCGCCUACAAAGCGUCGAAUCGGAGGUAUCGUCAAAACAGCCGAAGUCCAGAAUCAGGAUUUUGGCGAGCCAGAAGGCUCUCACAAUGGCACUCCCGACUAACUAUGGAUCAGCACUUCCCGAAGUUUCUCAUUGCACUGGUCCUCGGAAGCUUAACUCGGGAAUCGUCUCUUCAGCGAAGGAGGCAGGUUUUACCGCCGCCGGUCUUCCCGUGGAAUCCGAACUUGAAGAUUUUCCGGUCUAG